AUGUCUUCUCUCUCUCGUCGUGCAUGCUACAAGUGUGGCAACGUCGGCCACUAUGCCGAGGUCUGCUCCUCCUCUGAGCGCCUUUGCUACAACUGCAAGCAGCCUGGCCACGAGUCCAAUGGCUGCCCUCUUCCUCGCACCACCGAAGCCAAGCAGUGCUACCACUGCCAGGGUCUUGGUCACGUUCAGGCUGACUGCCCUACUCUGCGCCUGACCGGCAAUGCCACCUCCGGCCGCUGCUACAACUGUGGCCAGCCCGGCCACCUUGCUCGUGCUUGCCCCAACCCCGUUGGUCCCGCCGCCAUGGGCCGUGGUGCCCCCAUGGGCCGCGGCGGUUAUGCCGGAGGAAACUUUGGCGGCCGUGGUGGUUUCGCUGGCGGCCCUCGUCCCGCUACCUGCUACAAGUGCGGUGGUCCCAACCACUUUGCCCGCGACUGCCAGGCUCAGGCCAUGAAGUGCUACGCCUGCGGUAAGCUCGGGCACAUCUCCCGCGAUUGCACGGCUCCCAACGGCGGCCCUCUCAACACCGCCGGCAAGACCUGCUACCAGUGCGGCGAGGCCGGGCACAUCUCCCGCGAUUGCCCCCAAAAGGCCGCCGUCGCUCCUGAAAUUAACAACGAAGUCGACCUGACCAACGCCCUCCCCCGGCAAGACACGACCAGUUUACGAAACGAUGACGAACUCGAGGGAACGGGGAGCGUGCCUGGCCAGACGACCACAUCAUUUUCAUACAUUUUUUUUUCUCAGCAAGAGCGCGCCCUGGUAAUUGAGCAACACCGACCCACGGGUCCCGAUGUCUUCUCAAUGGCGCUCUCUGCAUAUGACCAAAUCCCUUUUCAUCCGAAUGACUUUGGAUCAAGACACCCGUCAGCAUACCUCUCUGCGCGUUGA